AAGGUAGUUAACUGAUUUUAAAAAAUAAAAAUAAACAAUUGGAAGAAUUUUUAUAGAGGAAAAAAGUGGAACUUAUUGUAAUAUUAGUGUUUUUAAAAAGAAAUUGGGUAAUAUAAUAAAAUACUACGAUGGUAGUUUUUUUUUUUAGGUAGUGUGUUAUUUAGGAAAAAUAACAAUGGAAGUUUUUUUUAGGAGGGUUUUUUAUUUAUUUUUUAAAAAUUGACAGGUGAAAGUUAUUUGUAGGGCAAAAAAAAAAAAAAAAAAAUAUUGCACCAAAUUGUAUGAUUGGAGUUUUGGAGUGAUGUGGUUAAGUGUUGCAAAAAUGACUCUACAAUUAAAUACUUCGUAUUAGAUUUGUGACUAUAUAAUAUCUUUUGGUUGGUUUCUUAAUUCUAUCUUACGUUAAACUUGUACUCGUAUUAUAUCCAUCAAUGAAAAAUUAAAAACCAAGCAUUUGUGUGUUCAUUGAAUUUUAGCAAUAGAUCAGACUAUCAGAGUAUUGGACCAAGCAAGAGUUUGACAAUGGAAGACGAAAAAGAUCAAUUGAGCUCACUUCCAGACGCCAUCCUCAUCGAAAUUCUCUCACUCCUUCCGAUGAAAUCCGCCGCCACCACCUCCGUAUUAUCCCACCGUUGGCGCCACCUCUGGACCGGAGUCACCCGCGUUGUUAUUGAUGCUCGAUUAGAAUCCACCGCCAUAAUUGACCACAGUCUACAUAAGCUUACAUCUCGGAAACUCCACAUGUUUGUUCUCAAUUUGAACAAUUUCUCCGAUAAUCCCAACCCCAGAGCAUCAGUGUCUUGGUUUCGAGAAGUUCACAGCCGAAAUGUGGAGAAUAUCACAUUCACUGUACCGCGAGGUGAAUCCCACUAAAUUAGUCAAAACUUGUAUUGACUUGAAGAAUAAUGGAGAUUGGUCGUAUUGUGAAGAGGACGAGGACGAGGACGAGGACAUGGUGGAUGAGGAGAAUCUUGGCUUGUUACAAAAAGAAUAUACUCACCAGAUGACCAAGUUUGUUGGAGGAUUGUCUAGUGUUAGCAAUUUGAAGCUGAAGCAAGAGUUUCAUACCAAUAUCUUCAGACAUUGUAGUUCUGCAAAUCUGCCAAUCUUUUCCAAUCUAUCCCGCCUUGAAACAGAGUGCCCUAUGGAUUUGCUGUUUUCUUUACAUUGUUUUCCCAACUUAGAGCAUCUUGUCGUGUGUCUAUGGCCACAAACUUUACCAACACUUGAUUUUUCAAUGGAGCAAAGCGAUUGGUUGCAACCGGAUUCUAUUCCAGAUUGUUUAGCAAGUAAGCUCAAGACUAUACAAUUAAGUGGAAUACAAGGGACCGGCGAUUCCCUGAGGGUACUAGCGUAUAUUCUGAGUCACGCAAAUGUUUUGGAAAAGCUUUGCAUAGAUUUUAGAAGGCCUAAUUUCAUAUAUGAACAUAAAGAAGCAUAUGUAGUGUGGAAGGAAUGUCAGUUCUGUAGGUCACUGUUUAAACUUCCAAGGAGGUCCUCAACUUGUGAGGUUGUGGUUUCUGGCUGUUAUGUCACAGCAUCAGGUAAUACCUUACAAGACGGAUACCUUACCUGUCGAAUGUAUGUGGGCAAAUAGACCUAAUAUGCGCAACUUGUUUUCCAAAUGCAAGCAUUCAAGCUUAAGAGUUGCAGGUACUUAUUACUAAGUUCCUAUUAGUUGUUGUUUUAUGCAUUGCAUAUAGUUUGGUUUAGGCUUAACAAUGUUUCUAGAAAUGAUGGAUAUGUAAUUAUGUAUGUAUUUUAGCCUUGCAAUGUACUGUUUUUUGCCUCUUUUUGCUAUUAAGUUUAUAUGUUUUUAAGUUC